AUGACUCGACUACUGUUUUCAUUGGCACUCUUGGUAUUGGCAUCUAAUGCCUCUGCCUCCAGCUCGACAUCACGAUUAGCUGCAUGGGGGAUUCCACGAGGUGGAUCUGAAAGUACCUACUCGACUCAAUUGGAAACUGUCAAGACUUCAGUGUUGGAAGCGGCCACCGAUGCGAUUGAAGAUUUGAGACGCAAGAUUGUUAUUGAAUCUAAGAUUGUUUCUGAUUUCGGAGCCGAGGCUGAUACCAUCUGCAACAAGGCUUUGGAAGACUUUGCCAAGAGUGCACCGGACGCUUCGGAUGCCGCUGGAGCUUCGGAAUACGAUCGCAAGUUGGAACAGCUCGAGGCUGCCUUGGACGCUCCUCUUCAAGUCUUGUACCUUCGUCAAUUGGCUCUAUUGAGAGAACAAGCAUUGUCAAAGUACCGAGUUGCCUCUAAGACUACUGGUGCUUCCGAUUACGAAGCCAUGUUGCAAGCGGAUGGACAAUUCACUGCUGCCGCCGAAGAUGCCACUCGAGAAGGAUCUGAUUGGGAUUACUCAUCGGAACGCUCUUACCUUCAAUCCGUCAUGACCAGUGUUGCGGAAUCCGGAAAGCGGGCAACCGAUAUCCAACUCAAGUCGGCCCAACAGCAUCAAACUGCCAUGCAAUUCUUGCAACAGCAACAACAAAUGAUCCAACAAUUGCAAAUGCAAUUGUACGGACAAACAUCACCUUGGAACAUUGGAGUUGCCUACCGAAUUCCCGAUACCAACUUUAACUUGCAAGGUUCCUACCAACAGGGACGCGGCAACAUACAGUUGUCUUGUGUUCCGGAUGAGUAUGCUCCAUUCUUGGGACCUAAUGGAUUCACCAAUGGUGUUGGACCGGGAAACCUUGGACUGUCUCUCAACUUGAGCGUAUAA